UUAAUUAACUUCAACUUCCUUUCACCAAAUAUUUAACUUUUUAAUCAAAAUUAAAUUUUAAAAAAUUCCACGUCAUCAUAAUACCCCACGACUCUUCCUACUCUUGGUCAAAUUUCUCAACGCCUCCGUCUCCUCUUUUAUUCUCCCUUCUCUAUUAAAACCUUCCCACUCUCCCUUACACAAUUCUCCUCUUCUAAUUAUUUUUGUCUAUCUAUCCUCCAGAUUAUCUAUCUUUGUACAUAAUACGGGCUCAGACUCGGGCUCAAACUCGGACUCGGACUCAGACUCAGACUCGUCUCGGAUUAUUUGAAAACCCGAAGGGGAAGGAAAAAAAAAAUGAAAAACAUGGGGUUUCUUAAGGAGGAGAAAUCAAUAAGGGUGAUUAGAGCAAUAAAAACAGUGUUUUUCUUAAUUACUUUGCUAAUCUCUUUUUUGUUCUUCUCUGCUCCUGUUCUUCUUGCUGUUGCGGAUACCAUAUUACCUUCUGCUUUGUUCUCUGCUUCGUCUCCUUUUCUUUCUCCUCAAUCGUUGUCCUCCCACCUUGCCAAUUAUGAUUUCAGAUACUCUCUUGUUGAUAUUCCGUUGAUCUCCAUACUCCGUUCCCUCGUCAUCAUUUGUGUGUAUAGCUGUUGUGAUGGGCCGAAGUUGUCACGCGGGCCCUAUUUGUGGGUGGUAACAAUAUGUUCGGUACUUUCGUUGGUGUUUGUAUCAUUAAAAGCCCCGUUCGUGUUUGGUGGUGCAAAUGGUGCCGAGAGAGGGUACACUAGAGUCACCGAGGUUGCAUUAUUCGUAUGUUCUUACGUCUUGGCGGUUGGACACGUGUUUGUUGCUUAUAGGACCAGUUGUCGAGAACGAAAAAAGCUUCUUGUUUACAGGAUUGACAUUGAAGCUGUUAAUUCAGCCUGUAAGAAAGGAUUUCCAAGAUAUGAAAAGUUGUUACAUGAGGAAAGAAAGAAGUGAAGCAUGUACAAAUUUAGAGCAUUAGAGAUGAACUUCGUACCCUUUCUCAUAAAAAAAAAAAGGGGGAUCUUCGUACAUUAUUUUAAAGGAUAAUUUUCAGUAUCGUACACAUAAAAUAAUGCAUUUCAAGAAGUUCGUGAGAAACGUAUCCAUAACAACAUAGGAUUGACAUACACAUACAUCCUUAGAGGCCUUUAACUUGUGUUUGGUAAUGAGAUUUACUAUCGAUCGCAUCUCACUUCUCAUCAGUUUAGUUAUGAUCUCCUAUAUUGUACAGUUUUUUGUUCUUUUUUAUAUUCUUUUUUUAUCAAGGAUCAAGACUAUGUAUAUAAUUAAGGAGAGAGGAACUAUUAGUAUGAAUAUCAGUAGGCAAGCCGAAGGCACCUACAAUUUUCUUGGCCCUCCAAAGGGGUGCAUCUAGCUAGUAAAGUAGCAAGUGUGAUUUUUUCAAGUUGUUGCUGUAUAAAUUGUAAUUAUGUUUCUAUCUUCGACACUUUUACACCAUUUUAUAGUUAUACGUGUGAUAUACGAUGUGUUUGGGUCCAAUUUACUUUAAUUGGGCCAGUCCA